AUGAUUAAGUGCACGACCCCAGGCAGCAAACCAUUUCGAACAUUCAACAACUAAGGCUGUUACUGUGGACUUGGUGGGUCAGUGGAUGAACUAGACAGGUGCUGUCAGACCCAUGACUACUGUUACGAGAAAGCUACGAAUGGGACUGAAACUUCUGACUCAGGGGCAAGAGCCAAGGCUGCAAUUUGGGACCAGAUCAGUGCUGGAAAUGGCAAAUGUCAGAAGUUUGUCUGUGAAUGUGAUCGCAAUGCAGCCAUUUGCUUCUCUAAAGCGAAAUACAAUCCUGAAAAUAAAGGCAUCAAGAAAUCUUGCUGCAAGUAG